GGGACGCGAGUACGUAAGGUGGGUGAACUCAGUCCUCAAAUUUGUACCAAUCAAACAGGUGCUCACCUUGGAACACUUCAAAUCUGGUUUGAUAUAAGAAAGGAAUGCUAUGGGACCAUUACAAAGUGGCUUGAGUUUGCUUUUGAGAGACGAGUUGAGAAGUUAGAGUUGCUCCUUCUGAAUUAUGAAUGUGACGAUGAACAAUUAGAGGACAGGUAUGUCUUCCCGGAAGACAUCUUGUUCCAAAACAGCAGUGAUAUCCCUCACCAAAGUACUACACUUUUCAACUUCAAUUCCCUGAAAGCACUGUGUUUGACCUAUGUUUCGAUCAGUGAUGAAGCUAUUGAGUUUUUCUUGCGCAACUGCACAUCACUGGAGCAAUUAGUUCUUGAAGACGUAAAUCAAUUAUCAAAUCUUGAAGUUUGUGGUCCAUCUCUCGUGUUAAAAAGAUUGUAUAUGAUGUAUUGCUUUGAUUUGGUAUCCGCACCAAACCUCACUUCGCUUGCAGUUAUGGAAAACAAUGGACUCGUGCUUGAGAGUGUCCCAAUGCUUGUUGAUUUAGACGUUCUCUGUCAGAGAGACCGAAUUCCAUUGCAGGUGAUAUUGUGCGGUUCAACUUCCCUGAGAUGCAUGGUUUAAAGAAACUGGUUGUAGUUUUUUACACAACACGUGAUGAAAUUCUUGUUGGACUAAUGGCAUUCAUUAGGAUAUCUCCCAACCUAGAAGAACUUGUGUUAAAGGUUACAUUGUUCUCGGAUUUGUCAUUGGGUAGGAGACGAAUUAAUAAGGGGACACCAUUUCCACACCAACACCUUAAGGUGCUCAAGUAUUUAGGCUAUUACGGCCACGGCAGUGAUUUGGAACUAGUGAAGUCCAUUUUGGAACUAGAUCUUUUGCAUGGGCCACCAGAUCCUGCUGAGUCGGAAUAUGAACA